UUUCUGUAAAGGAAACCUCAUUAUGACAAACACUCUCCUUCCGGAUCGCGUUAUCCAAGAUGGCGGCCAUGGUAUGCGAACUUCGUGUUUUGGGGGUUUUCGUGCCGGAAAAACUAUCAAAGCCUAUAAGUAGUCUAUGACGAACAGUAUUUCGAGGUCCCGAGGAAAGCGCAAUACAUUUUCUGUUAAAGAAACCUCGUUAUAACAAACAGUAUUUCGAGGUUUUCUACAAAAAUGUUCGAGUUGCGUUCAUACACACUUUACCGGGUUUUGCAAUACCAAUUAUAUCCGAACGACAUGCUGAUCAUUGCUGUGUAGUUUGCUCUUAUUUGUUUUCCACAAAAAAAAAAUCUUGCAGUAAUUCUAAUUACUUUUGCUUAAAAGCUUUUCUUUUAGUUCAAUAUGGAAACUCAUAGGGAAGGUACGCAGCAAAACACGAGCGAUUACAAACGUGAUUUCGGUUGUUUUUUUAACAAACGAACUCAUCUCUUUCCUCAUCGAAAAUAUUCACUGGAUAAAUAAAUCCAAUGAUAAGCAUGAAUUUAUCAGAUUAUUAAUUUCGUAUGUUAAUCUAAUCUUAAACUACAACGUGCAGAAGAUUCAUUGUGAUUCUUCAGCUUGGGAAAACGAUUUCUAAAUCCUUAUUAAUAUGUUUUUAUACUCAGCCUGGAUAAUUUGCACAGAUCGCACGAGCAAGGUUUUCUAAAAAAAAAAAAAACAAUACAUGGCUCGAGAUGAUAUUUGAAAUAUGGUUAGGACGGUUAGACCCUGAGUGUUCCGUUGUUAGUUUAAGAAAAGCACAAUGCACUCAAAGCCUUGAUACUGCUACGAUUAUGGUAUUCAAUAAAAAUGAGGUGAUCAUAUUCGACCGGACCUCCACAACAUUCUUUUAUAUAAAAAUUAAUUACAUGCCACGAAUCCGUCAAUCAAAGUGGCUUCCUCGUCUUAUUACGAGAUACGGGUUAUCAGGAGAGGGGCGGACACACUGGGGUAUCGGCUAACGCUUUACUCGAUCGGCCUCGCGGUAAACGCUCAGGGCAGGCCGACCGAGACACAGCGAAAUCUGCAGAGUUACCGACUGACGGAAGACGCUGUACCCCCACAAAGAGGUGAUGAAACUCCCCGCGUUACUGGCGCUCUUGGUGGUGGCAUUACUACAGCCCGAGGAAACAAGUAGUCAAGUUUGCAGUAAGCCUUCAGACGUUGCUCUCCUUAUCGAUGCAUCCGGAAGUAUCGGAAGAAGACGGUGGCCCAAAGUCGUCGAGUUCACUCAAGCAAUCAUCAACUCGUUCAACGUGUCCGAAGAGGGAUCCCAUGUGGGCAUUAUAUUGUACAGUACCAAGACCGAGUUAUUGGUCAAGUUCAAUACUUUUCAAGGCAGUGAAUUAACAGCAGACAAUAUCAAUGCCAAGGUGGCGGCAGUCAACUAUAGAGACUGGGGAGGACUCACUUACAUCGACCGAGCUCUAAAGCUUGCAAACGAACAGCUCUUUAGCCCCGAGGGUGGUAUGAGGGCAAGCAAAGACAUCCUAAAGGUUGCUGUUGUGUUCACAGACGGUAAACAGACGAAAGAUAAGGGCCCCUUUACGGAACUGCAAAUUGCCUCACAACCUUUGAAAGACAAGGAUGUGCAGGUUUACGGAUUAGGUAUUGGAGACGAAACGACAAUUGACGUUCAAGAAAUGCAAGAGAUGGCCAACAAACCGGAGAACGUGCUGACUGCCAAGACAUUCGAGGAACUCAAGAAUCUUGCUGCACAAAUUACACAAGGCGUCUGUGAAAUCAAGUAUAAAUAUGUAAGUAUGGAGAGAUCAAUAUUAUUAAAGUAA